AUUAUUGUCAUUUAUCUAUGUAUACUAAAUAGUUGCUCAAGUAAAUAAAUAAUACUUAAAGAGCUUCUAAUAUUGUGCUUAAAGACAAAUAAAUCAAAUUAUAUAAAUAAUCAUUUAAACCAUGUCUGGACGAGGUAAAUAUCGUGGUAAUCGGCAAAGGCAUUCCCAAACGACAUUAUCCAAUGUAGCAAAAGAGGCAGCUAUAUCUUUGCCAGCAGAUAGUCCAGUUUUGGCGAUGUUUAAAGACGCAGCUUUGAAACUAAAUGAUCGUCAAGACAGACACGAGAGACUGGUUAAACUCUCUAGGGAUAUAACCAUUGAAAGCAAGAGAAUAAUAUUCCUCUUACAUUCUGCUAUUACUGAAGAAGCUGCAGAAAAAGCUGUUAAAGAAGCAAAGGAACGCCUUGAAAAGCUUACCAAAGGACCAAUAAAGAGUAUUGGUUUAGAACUUGAAAACAUACCAGCUUACUUGCAUUCCCGAGCAGUCACGGCAGGGUUGCAAGAAUUUAUUGAAGCUAGGACUUUCUGCUCUUUAAUGGAGAGCAAAGUGAUAAUCACAUGGUCAGAAGUACAGAAGGAAUUUCAGUAUGUGAUAAAAGAAGGAGAUGAAGAUGAGAGGGUUGUUGCCACAUUGUUAACUCAAACGGACUACAUGCUCGGUAUUGCUGAUCUCACUGGGGAAUUGAUGCGAAAAGCAAUCAAUUCAAUAUCAAGUGGUGAGAGCCAGGCAUGCUUUCAUGCUUGUCAGGUUGUGAGAGAUCUAUACACUGGAUAUUUAGGACUGUUUUGCAUGGGUAAAGAGCUAGCUCGUAAGAUGUCCACAACUCGCAACAAUGUUGCUAAGGUGGAGGCAGCAGUGUAUGCUUUAAGAGUGCGGGGCGGGGAGGCUCCUCCAUUGUUGUUGCUGCCGGUCAAACCUGAGUGGGAAACAAUCGAGCACUCAGAUGAUGAAGGAUUUUAUUAAAUUAUACAUCUUUGACUAUA